AUGAAGGGAAGCCUUACCUAUCUCGCGAGGAUACUCGUGUUGAAGGAGGAAGAAGUGCGCCAGUAUAUGUCUCAUUAUGGAGGAAGCGGGGUGUAUGGCGAAUCUGCGUUAGUUGUGUCUGCACGUGCAGGGUUUCAGAUUUUUGCAAGUAUGGUGUUGUGGUUUUUGGGAGGCGAUGCGCAAAAGCAGCUUGACGAGCGGCCUACUCGGUUCAGCGCGCGCCUCUGGAACGCAUUUCUUAACAUUGACCCAAACACUGGCAUUGCACUGGGGGGCGUAGCCUAUGCGCUAGGCACACUGGAAAGGAACGCACCGGACUUUUGCGUCGUAUACUACUUGCUGCUGCUUGAGGCAGCCAUGGAUGGCCUGUUCAAACAAGGUUUGGAAGAUGAUAUGAUCACAGUGGUUCAGGAGUCAGCCUCGUUUCAGACCGUGGACUAUAUGUUGUGUCAAUUGAAGACAGCGGGCGUGCGAUACGACGGAGAUCUGAAAAGGGACUUGGAGAUCGGGCUGAUUAGGGCAAAGGGUGUCGCGGCCUUAUUGCGAACGGGUAGCCGCCUGGCUGGUUUCAACACCUGCAAGCCACCAUACUUAGGAGGACAGUCUUGCUCUUGUGUGGAGGCCACCCGCGUCAUGCAGAUGGUCGGAAUGCACAAAGACCGGCUACGGCGAAGCAUGGCUACCGCAGAUCUGCGCGAUUCGGGCUGUGUCAAGGCUCCUGUUCAACAAAGGCGCGGACAAGCAAAGAACCGCCCCGUGGAAAAUUUUCCAGAGCUUGAAGCGCAGUUCUCCGUCAUUAUCAUCCAAAUGAGCGAGUGGAGUUCGUCCGAUCAUCCAGCUGGCCAAGACAGCUCUAGAUUGCCCAACGAGAAUGAGUCUAAUGGGCUGGCAAAUCGAGCAAGCUCUCUUAAUUCCACCGAUGCUAUCGAUCUUACGACGACAUGCAUGACAGCUGGCACUUCUUCUCCCCCGAGUCGCCGUCCCAGGCUUUCUCUUGACACUAAAACACUGCUGGCUGUGCAGCCUGAGAACAACAUGACUGGCACCCUCCUGAUGCCCCAGUCCAAGCUUGGAGCCAACGAAAUCACAACUGCAGAUGCAGAAGACUGGCUGAAAAGCUGGAGUGAUGAUUCGGCUAGCCAGCAUACCCAAAAGCAGCCAGCUGUCAGCACGACACAUGCGAACAUACCUGCCAAGGCUGCCAGAUGCAGCACAGUCUUCUUCGUAAGUGGAAAUAAACAUGUCAUUUACCAAAUCAAUGCGAAUUGCUUUAAGAGCUUUUUACAGAAUUUAGAAAAGAAAACAAGCAAAUACAAGUCGCGGUACAACAGCAACGCGCGACUUGUGGUAUCGCAUGUGAAAACCGGUCACCAAAAGCCUUGGACCUGUGCAGUUGACGACGACAAUGAAUUUUUGGAAGCGCAUGAGAGCACGAUAGGCAGCCCCGUUUUUGUGGCGUCUUACGACGAUUGUGUUGGCAUCUUCUCACAUUUCUCGUCACCUUCUCCGCGUCCAUUACCACCACCUCCUACGGGAGGUUUUCACGAGGCCCAAAGAGCGACCAGAUCAUCCCUCGGCUCAUCUUCGGGGGUUGAAGUUUCCGAUGAUGAAGAUUGA